AUGGGUGAAGUGAUUUUUUUGAAACAAAUUCUCCUUGAAAAAGAAAAGGAACUGGUACAGUUAAAAGACCGAUGUCAAAAACUAGAAGAAGAAAAUAAAAUAUUGACGUCAAUGAAGAAAACAAAUAUAGAAAAAAAUUCAGAAACGGAGAUGAUCGAGAAACUACAACAGGCGUACAACAAUUUAUUAAUAACCCAUGCAAAGGUUAAAGAUGAAAAACUAAAACUCCAAGAAGAAUUGAAUAAUACUCAAGAACAGUUAGAGUUCUACAAGAAGGAGUUCAUGAACAAAAAAGGUAUGAGAACACUACAAGAGGUCAAAGAGCAACUCGAACUGGAGUACCUGAAGAAGCACCCUGGCGCCAGUUUAAUUAAUCCAAAUUUUGAUCCAAUAAAUGGCUAUGAUGAGAUUGAUUAG